AUGGACCUCAAUAAAUCAUUGCUGGAUCUCCUCCAGAAGAGUCCGCAAGCCAAAUCGCCAAUUGCCUCGCCUUUACCGCGUUCGCCUGCUGCCGUCACUGCCGCCGGUGGAGGACGUGGAUCGGGUCAAUCGAGUCUGUUGGCGUUGUUGCAGCAAACUGGGGCACAGGAUACUACCCCGGUGAAGCCUGCGGCUGCUGAGGGUUCGAGACCGACUGUUCCGCACCUUGAAAGUGCACAGGAUUUGGUGGCGAAGCUGACUUCACUUGCAUCUCCCGGACCCGUUGAACCUCCGAAGUACAAUGUCGAGGUUGAUGAUGCCCCUGAGUCUCCUGGAACUGAGCUCGGAGCUGGUGCUUCUGCUGCUGCGCCGUCUACGAGCAAGGACUUGAACCCCGCUAUGUUCAAGGUCGUUAACCCCUUCGACCACCUCUCCGCUACUAACCCCAAACCCAAGAGAGCCAAGACUGGAUCUGAAGAUGAAGGACGCAGUGGGUUGAGCAAGAGCCAGACAUUGCCGGCUGUUUCCGCGCCUGUUGCGGAGAUGAUCAACGGACAUGAGGGACAAGUCGGCGCGGAAAGGAAUCAGUUGCUGGACUCCUUCCUCUUCGACGGCAAGAACGCUGCCGUUUCUUCUGCUCCUCUUGUCCCUGCUGUCCCGGCUGAGCAGUCCGAGAAGUACGCCAUCCCCCAAACCGCCUUCAUGUCCUACACCCUGCCUCACCUCUCCUCCACCUCCAUUCCAGCUCUGACUGCCCACACCGAGGUCCGCCCCAUCACCCGCCAAAAACGCACCUACGACCCAACCGAACGCCAGAUCAUCGCAGCAACCAUCCGCUACGUCGCCUACGCUCUCCCCGAGACCUCCGCAACCCCCGGGAUCAGGUUAAUUGAUCAGGAGAAUGGAGCGAUGUGUUUGUUGCGGUCUGAGUACAAGGAGAAGAUCGUGAAUUUGACGUUUUGGCACGGGGAGGGGAAGAGUGAUGGAAUUGUUGCGAGGUUGAGGGUUACGAAUUCGGUCGGGGCGGUGUAUGUGUAUAAGAUUACGGGUGAGUUGAAAGGGGAUAAUGAGCCGUAUGUGGUCGAACUUGGGUUUGAGGGUGAUUCCGCCGAAAUUGCGGUCAAGCCUCGUGCGCGAUGGAACCCCAUCAACUCCGACGCAGUUGGUGUCUCUUUUGGGAUGUAUCUCUACAAUAUCCCCGAGUUCGCACGGGAGGUUAUCAGGAGAGAUGGUUUACCGGAGGGAGUUGCGGGUGAUGUGCAGGUAAUUUGCGCAGAUAAGUCAUUGAAGGAUUUCGCGUUUUCCGAUGAUGGCUCAACCAUCGCCACCGUCGACAAACUCGCAAUCAAGCUCUGGCCACAAGACGCUACUUCUGGCUCGGACCAGCGCAUCAUGCAAUGCGUCCCCGAACUCGCCUACACCGCCAUCACCUCCGACAAACUCACCUCUGUGAGGUUCAUUGAUGUCGACGACAAGAGACCGGCGAGGUAUUUGCUUGUUGGGGCGAGACAUAACCAUGAUUUGCAGUUGUGGGAUAUUGAGUUGGGGACUUGUGUACAGCAACUUUCGUUCCCGAGUGAGGAGACGAACCGGAUGGCGUGUGUUGGGUAUCAUCAGGCUACGCAGACUGUUGUUAUUUCCUGCGCUGCUCGCAAGUCGUUGUAUUUCCUCCACCUUACUGCGCCUGCUCGGGCAGGUCAGGAGGGGAUGAGCCAGGCGGAGUAUUGCCGUCAUGUUUCGAAAAAGGCACAGGAGAUUACGGUGCAUGAUGCGAAUGUUCGGUCCGCGGCGUUUGAGUACGUUGCUGAGUACCGCUUCGACACAGAUCCUGCGGCAACUUCUGCGCCGAGCACGUGUUUCGGAUUCCAGAUCGAGGAGUCGUAUGAUGAUGCGAACGCGUUCGAGAUGUUUGUGUAUCAUGAGGGUGGUUUCACGGCCUUUGGAUGCCAGUCAUUGUUGUCUGCUCCUGCUGCUGCUCCAACCUUGCAAGGCACUAAGCUCGACCCCGAAGCCGAGCCCGCAAGGCGUAAGAACAAACCCCGCAAACUUGCCCUUCACCGCCGCGUCGCCCCCGGCGACGAAGACCUCGGCGUGACAACCUCCAUCUCCGCAACCCGCCCCACCUCCUCUUCCGCCGCCGAGUCCCAGCUGACUGAAGCGGAGUUGCAGAGGAGAAGGUCGAGUAUCAUGAUCACCGAAAGCGUGGAACAAGUCCGUAGCCCGACUGCGACACGGACGCCGCAGCCGGAUGAUUUGGUGUUGGCGGCCGCUGGGGUCAGUGCGACGGAGGGGCCGGAGAUGUUGGUUGAGGAGGUCGUGAGGCAGUUGGAGGAGAAGGAGGCGGUUCAGGAGACUGAGUCUGCAAGUGUGCCUCCGGUAAUUGCAUCGGCUACUGCGACGAAUGUCGACAUGACGGCUGUCACGGAGGGGUUGAAGGCGUUGGAGCUCAACCUCCAGACUAAGAUCGACAACGCAUUCGCUGCCCAAGCCCGUCGUUUGGAGGAGGACCGUCUCGUACAGGCUGCGGCUGAUCAGGCGCGCCAAGAGACGAUCCUCAAGGUUGUCAGUGAGACAUUGAGUAAGAACACUGGAAAGCUGAUCCAGACCACCAUCAACAACACUAUCCAACAGCAAGUGUUGCCGGCUUUGUCGACGCUUGUCGGAGCGAGUUUGGAACAUAACAUGACCAAGGCGUUGAAAGACCCCUUGGAGAAGGCGCUGCCGAAGGAGUUGUUUGCCGUUAUCAAUGCCUCCGUGCAACAAGCUCUGACACAACCCGAGUUCACCGCCUCCAUCGCCGCCGCUGUCGGGAAACCGCUCGUCGGCGCCGUGGAGACGAGUUUCAAGGCAGAGAUGCUGAAGCUCGUUGGUGAUAUUGAACAGAAGGCUUUGCGGGAGAUUCAGGCUGUGAGGGCUGAGGCUGAGCAGCAGAGUGCCGCGGAUGGUGUCAAGAUCGAUGCACUCACUGCUUCGGUAGGGAGGAUGGAGGGGAUGUUACUGUCAUUGUUGGAGCGUGAAGCCACUGCGACUCCCGCUGCGAUGCCGGCGAAGGAGAAGUCCGAGGCGGAUCAGUUGGAGGACUUGAUUGCCGCCGGAGCGUGGGAGGAUGCGUUCAGCUUGUGGAUCCAGUCCGAGAAUGUCGGUGGAUUGUUCGGCGCUGUCGCUGCGCGCUUCCAACCCGCGAUUUUGCAGGACGUGUUGCAGAUCCAUCUCCUUUCCUUCCUGCAUGUUGUCUCGCUCGACAUGGAUGACCACCCCGAGUUGCGUCUUUUGUGGUUCGAGAAAGCGAUGUCACUGCUGAAGGACGGAGAUGCGCAGAUUCAGCAAAUUGCACCGAAGAUUCUUGGACAGGUCGCCGAGAGGUUAGAUGAGGCAUAUGCUAGGCUCGCAUCGAAGGGGAUGAGGGGUGUGAUUUUGAGGAGAUUGGCGGCUGUCAUUGAUAAGAUGCAGAGUUUUGCUGCAUUGUAA